UCCAUGCAGGCUGUAGACCCUCUUCACCACUGGCGAGUUUGUCCUCCUUCCCUCCCUCUCUCUUCCACCCAUCUUGCAUGUGCUACGUUUACCGAGCCUGACAGAUCUCUCUCCAGCGCCAGCGGACACUGCGGGGGGAACAAGACCACUAUGGAUUGCUAAAACUCGGGCUUCUUCUUCUCUUUUCCCUCCUCUCUCGCCUUGUGUCCUCCUCCUCUAUGUAUCUCCAUAGUUGUUAAGGGACGGAAAAUGAGGAUUAUUUACCCGCACUUUCUCGGGGUGUUUUCCGCCCUAUGGGGGCUGGCGACUGGGGCUUUCCCCAGCAGCGUUCAGAUAGGUGGUCUGUUUAUCAGGAACACGGAUCAAGAGUACACAGCGUUUCGAUUGGCUAUCUUCCUGCACAACACCAGCCCCAAUGCCACAGAGGCUCCAUUCAACCUGGUACCCCAUGUCGACAACAUCGAGACAGCUAACAGCUUCGCCGUCACAAAUGCCUUCUGUUCGCAGUACUCGCGGGGUGUGUUUGCUAUCUUCGGCCUGUACGACAAGCGUUCGGUGCACACCCUGACGUCGUUCUGCAGCGCUCUGCACAUCUCCCUGGUCACGCCCAGUUUCCCCACAGAGGGGGAGGGCCAGUUCACCCUGCAGCUCCGCCCCUCUAUCAGAGGAGCUCUGCUGUCUCUGCUGGACCACUACGACUGGAGCCGCUUUGUAUUCCUCUACGACACAGACAGAGGUUACGCCAUCUUACAGGCAAUCAUGGAGCGUGCAGGUCAAAACGGUUGGCAGGUGAGUGCCAUCUGUGUGGAGAGUUUCAAUGAGGCAGCGUACCGUCGUCUGCUAGAAGAUCUGGACCGCCGGCAGGAGAGGAAGUAUGUCAUCGACCUGGAGCCUGACAGACUGCAGUGCAUUCUAGAACAGGCCAUUAGUGUGGGCAAACAUGUCAAAGGCUACCAUUACAUCUUGGCCAACCUCGGUUUUAAAGACAUAUCUCUAGAGAGGUUUAUGCAUGGUGGGGCUAACGUCACAGGGUUCCAGUUGGUUGACUUCAGUAAGCCCAUGGUCCUCAAACUGAUGCAGCGCUGGAACAAACUUGACCAGAGAGAGUACCCAGGCUCUGACAGCCCACCCAAGUACACCUCGUCUCUGACGUAUGAUGGAGUGUUGGUGAUGGCCGAGGCCUUUAGGAACCUGCGUCGUCAGAAGAUAGACAUCUCCCGUAGAGGAAAUGCUGGAGACUGUCUGGCCAACCCAGCUGCUCCCUGGAACCAGGGCAUAGACAUGGAACGCACACUAAAACAGGUGCGUAUCCAGGGUCUAACAGGUAACAUCCAGUUUGACCACUACGGCCGCAGAGUCAACUACACCAUGGACGUGUUUGAACUGAAGAGCAACGGACCACAACGGAUUGGCUACUGGAAUGACAUUGACAAACUGGUUCUGGUCCAAAAUGAGGUGUUGUUGUCCAAUGACAGUACCAACUUGGAGAACAGGACAGUCGUCGUGACAACUAUCAUGGAAGGUCCAUAUGUGAUGCUGAAGAAGAACUGGGAGAUGUUUGAGGGGAAUGACCAGUUCGAGGGCUACUGCGUGGACUUGGCCUCAGAGAUCGCCAAACACAUCGGCAUCAAGUACAAGAUCGCCAUCGUCCCUGACGGCAAGUACGGCGCCAGAGACCCCGAGACCAAGAUCUGGAAUGGCAUGGUGGGAGAACUGGUCUAUGGGAAAGCAGAGAUAGCGGUCGCCCCUCUGACUAUAACCCUGGUCCGUGAGGAGGUGAUAGACUUCUCUAAGCCCUUUAUGUCCUUGGGGAUCUCCAUCAUGAUCAAGAAGCCCCAGAAGUCUAAACCUGGAGUGUUCUCCUUCCUGGACCCUCUGGCCUAUGAGAUCUGGAUGUGUAUCGUCUUCGCUUACAUAGGAGUCAGUGUGGUGCUGUUUCUGGUGAGUCGUUUCAGUCCGUAUGAGUGGCAUGCGGAGGAGCCAGAAGAGGGCUCUACUGAGCUAGGCCCCAAUGACCAGCCACCCAAUGAGUUUGGCAUCUUCAACUCUCUCUGGUUCUCACUGGGGGCCUUCAUGCAGCAGGGCUGUGACAUCUCACCACGGUCUCUGUCGGGGCGUAUAGUGGGUGGCGUGUGGUGGUUCUUCACUCUCAUCAUCAUCUCGUCCUACACGGCCAACCUGGCUGCUUUCCUCACCGUGGAGAGGAUGGUGUCGCCCAUAGAGAGUGCUGAGGAUCUGGCCAAGCAGACAGAGAUCGCCUAUGGAACACUGGACUCAGGCUCCACCAAGGAGUUCUUCAGGAGGUCAAAGAUUGCGGUAUAUGAGAAGAUGUGGUCCUAUAUGAAGUCUGCUGAGCCCUCUGUCUUCGCUAAGACCACAGCGGAGGGCGUGGCUCGCGUCCGCAAGUCCAAAGGGAAGUACGCUUUCCUCCUGGAGUCCACCAUGAAUGAGUACACAGAACAACGCAAGCCCUGCGACACCAUGAAGGUUGGAGGCAACCUGGACUCCAAGGGAUAUGGCAUUGCCACACCUAAAGGCUCACAGCUAAGAAACGCGGUCAACCUGGCCGUGUUAAAACUCAACGAGCAGGGCCUGUUGGACAAAUUGAAAAAUAAAUGGUGGUACGACAAGGGAGAGUGUGGCAGCGGGGGAGGGGACUCCAAGGACAAGUCGUCCCAGGCCCUGAGCCUGAGCAACGUGGCUGGGGUCUUCUACAUCCUGGUGGGGGGUCUGGGCCUAGCCAUGCUGGUGGCCCUGGUCGAGUUCUGCUACAAGUCGCGUGCCGAGGCCAAGCGCAUGAAGGUGGACCUUAGCCCCCCUCACUGCCCCAGCCCCUCUCCCAGCACCCAGAAUUUAGCCACUUAUAGAGAGGGGUACAACGUAUACGGCUCCGAGGGGGUCAAGAUAUAGGGCUGCCCUUCACAGAAGCCAUGCGGAACAAGGCUCGGCUGUCAAUCACGGGCAGUGUGGGUGAGAAUGGGCGUGUCUUAACACCGGACUGCCCUAAGGCCGUCCAUGCUGGCCACUCCCUCAGACACCCAGGGCUUACCCUACCAUCGGGCCUACCCUGAAAACCAAAAACACACACUGUGCCUUAACCACACACACGGCUACGUCAUUACCACCCCGACGCCACACACACAGACCAGAGACCGCCAGCAAGCUAACAGCAACAACAGGGAGAGAGGAGGGACAAACAUGAUGAUCACCAUCACACUAAAAUCCUAAUUUGAGCUCCAUGAAACAAGGACAACAAGGUGACAAACUAACAGUGUUAGAACACUGACGACAUGGAACCGAAAAGAAUAACUGAGAAAGAUAAAAAAAUGAAAAUGGUGAUGAUGAUGAUGAUGAAGACUUUGAGCACUGUCAUGAGCAGACAGACAUGACUUUAUCUGCUCCGAUGUGAUGGACUGCAUCCUCUAACAAGCCACACCCCUGAUCCCUUACCAGGAAACAAUGCUUUAGGACAAAUCUUCAUCAUCUUCACUUGCCUAUGAAGAAUAAGCUCCAGGCGAAUCACUUAUAAGACCAGAAAACUGUAAACCUGUAAACGUUGGACUGUACAAACCUGCUCUUUCUCCAUGAACUGUUCAGACGAACAUGCUUUUACAACGCUUUGGUUAGCGUCUCGCAAACACAAUGCAGAGAUCACUGAAGUUACCGUAAUAGGUCUCCAAACUCAUAUGGCUAACACGACCGUAGGGUUCACAGGGGUUUGUAAAAAAUGAAAAUAAAAAUGAGUAAUAGUUACUGAAAUGAUCCAUAAUAAUGACAGUAACGCUAAAUAACAACUACAUGUAUCACUUCUCUGGACAGGGAACAGAGGUAAAGCUGUACAUUCUGUGAAAAGUGAAGAAAACGUAUCAAAGUAAAUCCCCUAUAAAAGGUAUUGUUUUUGACCAGGGCCAGAUUUAGCCAUCUAGAGCACUGGUCUAAAGUAGUCCACUAUAUGGGGGACAGGGUGUCACGUGAGACAUGGACAUGUUGUUUUCCAGUGGCGAGGGAAGGUACUGACUGUUUCAGAAGCUUGCAUUUUAAACUGUUGUAAAUUACUGUGUAGCAAAACUGAACUCACCUCUCUUUUUUAACCAUCUUAGGUAAUAAUUCAUUGCAAUAAUGAAUAUAAGAAAAUGCCACUUGUAAUUAUAAAUACAUCUUUUUAUAAAUACAUAUUAUAUAUAAUACAAAUGAAUAUAUAUAUAUAUAUAUAUAUAUAUAUACACACACAUCUAUAGAGAGCUAUAGAAAAUGAUAUGAUCACCAUUGAGUGAGGCCAUGACAUAUGUUCUGUUAAAGGGUGUUUUGAUAAUGAUUAUGUUCCACAGUCUUUGUAUGUCCUAAUCCACACUGAAUGUCAAUCUGACACUCACAAACAAAUUUACAAAACACAAACACACAUCGUCACUUACACAGUGUCAACUCUUACAGAACGAUCUUUGACACCACACAAGAUGUUCCUUUUUUCUAGUUUUGUUUGUUUGUUCCCCAUUUUUAUUUUGUUUUUUUUGUCCACCAUUUUGAGAACACAGCCUCUGUUCGUACAAUAGUCCCAGAUCUUCGUGUCUAUUCCUGUGAAAUGGUUAUUUUGUCUGACCGUCUUCUGUUUUAAAGUCUAUUGCAGCUGUCUGGAUGGGCUAAGAGGAAAGGGAGAAAGAAAAAAGAACUAAAAGAACUCAAUUCAAGUUUUUAUUUUUCGAAGUACCACACAUUUAAAAUGAAAGAGUUCUAACUGAACGGUGGAGUUUGGUGGCAUUGACAGCAGUUGCGUGGGUAGUAUUGCCUUGGCCCUGGCAUUUUGAGCACUGUGUAUCUCCUCUCCUCCCACUGACAGGGUCCUGCCUAAACUGAGUGUCAAUGCACACAAAGUCACCUUGACCUAACCCUUGACAUUAAACCUUUGACCUUCUCUAGCUUUGACCUUUUGACUCUUAUAGGCACUGACAUGACCAGUCAGUCUUUAAACUCUCACUCUGAGCCCUAGUCUUUUUCUCUCUCCCUCUCCUAACCCUCUAGAGUUUACACGAUAUUUAGAUCGUUGUUUUAGUUUUCAAUCUCCCACCAAAUGAACUAACCCCAGGCAGGCACUCCUAUCUGUGUAUCGUUGAAGCAGACUGCUGGCUGACUACUAACCACCUUAGGUUUUUAUGGGUUUAACACAAUCUUUCUUUGUAUUAGGUUUCUUUUUCUAGUAAAAUAUCAACCCCUCUU